AAAUUAUAUUGAUAAUAAUAACACGUGACUCUGAAUACAAUACUUAUUACUUAAUAUUAACUUAUUUCUAGUUUUUAAUUUAAAAUUCAGUUAAAGGACAUUUUUAAAUUUUAAGAUUUGCAAUGGCAUCAAUUGAAGUUGAAAGCAACGAUGAUAGUAUAAUCAAAAAUAAAAAACGUAAGAGCGAAAAUGGUGAAAAGAGUAAAAAAAAAAAGAAACUUCAAGAAGCUGUUGAAAUAGACGAAGGUUUAGAAACUGAGAAAGAAAUAAAAACUGUUAAGAAGAAAAAAAAACACGUAGAAAUAACAGAGCCGGAAAAAGUUGAGGUAACAAUAAAUAAUAGUAAUGAAACUUCAAAAAUUACUGAAAUCAGUGACAAAGUUGAUAAAGUUAAGCCAUCUAAAGUACGACAGUUGCCGACUGUCUCCAUAGCCGUGCCUGGGUCCAUUUUAGAUAAUGCACAGUCUCCAGAAUUCAGAACGUACCUAGCAGGACAAAUCGCAAGAGCUGCAUGCAUUUAUAAAAUCGAUGAGAUCAUAGUUUUUGAUGACGUGGGGGAACAAACUAAUGUGAUGGUAUCCAAUAAGAAAACGGAAGGUGGUUCAAAGACAUGUAAACAAUUGGCUAUAAUCUUACAAUACUUGGAGUGCCCUCAAUAUUUGAGGAGAAUAUUAUUUCCAAUUCACAACUUUUUAAAAUACACUGGAGUAUUGAAUCCACUUGAUGCACCUCAUCAUUUUAGACAAGAAGACAAUGUCCCAUUUCGAGAAGGCGUAGUGUCAACACUUCCACCAAAAAAAGGUAAAGGCUGUAAUGUCGAUGUUGGUCUUAGAAAACAGGUACUAGUUGACAAAUGUCUGCAACCAUAUGUACGAGUUACUGUUAAACUAAUACCAAACUCAGAUGAUUCUAAACGUCAAAAAGGUAUUGUUGUAGCUCCAAGUACUCCCAAAAAUGAAUCUGGUAUUUAUUGGGGUUACACAGUAAGGAAUGCUGAUUCCAUAAAUGAAGUAUUUACCAAGUGCCCAUAUCCUGGUGGAUAUGAUUUAAAAAUUGGUACAUCUGAUAAAGGCAUUGAUAUCGAUCAAACAGAUCAUACACAACUUGGCUCUUUUAAACAUGCAUUGAUAUGUUUUGGAGGAGUUCACGGACUCGAAGCUGCAUUAGAAGCUGAUCAAAGUAUUGAUGAAGAAAAUCCGUCUACUUUAUUCGACGUUUAUUUAAAUACAUGCCCAAACCAAGGUUCUAGAACUAUAAGAACUGAAGAAGCUGUUCUUAUUACAUUAGCAGAAUUACGUUCAAAAAUGAAACUUGGAUAAAUUAUUUACAUAAAUAUUUACUUCAUUUGAUUGUGUAAACCUUUAAUAAAUGUAUGGUUUUCUUUA